AUGACGACCCCCAGUAAAGGAAAUAAGGCCUUGAAGGUGAAGAGGGAGCCAGGUGAGAAUGGCACCAGCCUGACAGAUGAGGAGCUGGUUACAAUGUCUGUACGUGAGCUGAACCAGCACCUUCGAGGCCUAUCCAAGGAGGAAAUCAUUCAGCUGAAGCAACGUCGUCGCACACUUAAAAACCGAGGCUAUGCUGCUAGCUGCCGGGUGAAGAGGGUCACCCAGAAAGAAGAGCUAGAGAAACAAAAGGCAGAGCUCCAGCAAGAGGUAGAAAAGCUAGCCUCCGAGAAUGCCAGUAUGAAGCUGGAACUGGAUGCCCUCCGCUCCAAGUACGAGGCACUGCAGAACUUUGCGAGGACCGUGGCCCGAAGCCCUGUGACCCCAGCCCGGGGCCCCAUCACUGCCAGCAUGGGGCCCCUUGUCCCUGGCAAGGUGGCUGCCACCAGUGUCAUCACAAUAGUGAAGUCGAAAACGGACGCGAGGUCGUAGUGACGUGUGUGUGUGCUCCCCGGUGGCAGCGGGUAUAUGUGGGGUGGUUAGGCACAAGGCAAUUUCAGCAGCCCUGUCCCCACCUCUCUUCCUUCUCUUCUCCCACCUCUUCCCUGCAAAGCACAACCUCCCACCCCGGGGGUGCCGGGCUGAGCCCCCUUUGAUUUCAUCAUUAUCGUCAUGUGUCUUGUGCGUUGGGAUUGGUCGGUGCGGCAGUGACAUGGGGUGGCCCCCUUUCUUCCUCUGGGUACUAAGGCCAGGUGGACAUGGAGUCCCAUUGUGCCCCUGUGGGCAUAGAAAGAAUGUCCUAGGACACCUUUGUAUUUGGGGAGGGGAGGUUCCAGUUUGGGAGGAUGGGACCUGUCUAUUCUUGAGCCCCAGAUGGCCUCCCAGACCUCAGAGUGCUGUCCUCAUUACCCCUAGUGUCAGGAGCUAGGAUGCCACCUUGGGAACUGUUCUGUCAGGAAUGGUUUGUUAUAGACAAACCCAAGUUGAAUAGCUCAGCCUUGUGGAAACAGAUGGGCCUUGUUCUAGUGGGGAAAGUGCAGAAUGUCUUAGUGUGGCAAGGGAGAGUGAAGUGGUGCUUCCCUGGUUGGUGGAGGGAGGUUGGGGUGUCAUAUAGUGGCUGUGAGCCAAUAGCCACGGCUUUUGUGCCUGACACGUUGCACUGAACAAGACCAAAAUCACUAGUUGUGAACGUAUUUGAAAGGUGUGUACAGUGUGUCUUAGCAAUGGGUCCCGUGUCACUGUUUACACAACCUAUUUGUGUGGUUAAAUGGUCCUUUAUUUAAAAGAGAAAAGUUCCUUUGAAGAAGCUAUUAAAUUAUAUGUUUAAAGACUAAAGAAGAAAAAGCUGCAGAGUAUUUAAAAAACUGUCUUUUUAAAAACACAGAAUAGGAGGAGUAUUUGACCAUAGAAAUGGAAAAUGUUUUUAAAAAAAGUAUCCUAGAAACUUUGUUAGUUUAAAAAAAGAGAGAGGAACUUGGGGGCUAGGGGGGAAUCCUUUGCUGUAAAUCCUUUCUUUGGACAAUUCUCUGUGGCUAUUGGAGUUUAGUUUUUAUAAACACAGAGUUAUCAGACAUUAUUUAUAAAACUUAGUUUAAAAAAAAAAAAAAGACAAAAAAAAAAACCCUAACCACAAAACCGACCAGAUGGCGAGUCCUAACGUUCUUUGAUAUCUCUUUUGCAAUUGUACCAAAAGUGACUUACUCUUUUGCCCUUUCUGCUUCCGUCUCUUUGCCGGUGGCCGUGGUGUCGUCCGUGCCUGGUGAGGUCUUGUGUGGCGGUAGCGUGCUGGUGCUUCUGGUGACCUUUGACAUGUGGGUGUCACUCUUGUGUCUGUUCUUCCCGUGUUUGUUUUUUGGUUUUGUUUUUUCUUUUGCUUUUUUCUGGAUUCCCAGCACUGGCUACCUAGAGCUUCUAGUUGCAGUAAUUAUAUGGAGGAUACAGGAUCUGUGCUUACCCAGUCUCUCUUUUCUGCCUCUUUCCUUAUCUGAUCCAUUCCGAGUCCCCUGUUGGCAAAAACCCAAAGGCCAGAAUAAACACUCUCUAGGGCUGGCAAGGAUUUGACUUUGGCUUUGGAUGGGAUGUAUCAUGUUGAUGAGAUGUAGGGCUGGACCAUUCUCAUCACUCAUGAAUAGAUACCUUGGCUUUUUUCCUUUGUGCUCUGAUGCCCCAUGGCAGAAGAAGUGACAUUCAGGGACUGUCU